AUGCAUCACCUCUCUACAGAGAAUAUCCUGCUUAAGGCACGCUGUGAAGGCCUCGAGGAGGCACUAGUUAAUGAAAGGAAGAGACGGAAGCGUGGAAAGCCUCUUAUAUUUCAGUUGCAGGCACCAGAGGCAGGCAAUGCAGUCUUUUAUUCUCCUAGGAGGAUCCAGCAAGCACGCGACCUCCAGAAAGAGAAAGAUGAGGCGAUACAGCAAGCUAAAGCUGCUAAAAAAGAGGCCAAACUAUACCGGCAGCAGGAGAAGGAAGAGAAGCAGCGGAAUACUGAGAAAAGAAGAAGAAUCAAGGCUCUAGAACGGCAAAUUCGAUUACAGGAAGCAGAGAAGAAGAAGCUUGAAAAAGAGCAACAGAAAGAGGAGGCUCGUAUAGCCAAGGAGGCUGUGAUACAGCUUCAAAAUAAUAUCAGAACUGCUAGACAGAGCAAGUCUAAGCUUCCGGCAACUCCAAAGGCUCCAGAGAAGCAGAAACCAUCAUGCCCAGCACCUGAAGCUAUCCCAGGGACCUCUACCACUAUCAAUCGCCGAGGACGGCAGAUCCGGCUCCCACGCCGCUUUCGCAACUCUUGA